CCAUUUUUUAUAAAUUUCUCUGAGACUAGUCUUUAACUAUUCACAUCACUAUAGUUUCUUUAUAGAGAAAGCUUCCAAAUGCAUACAAUCUUUUUGAGAGAAAAAGAAUAAAAUGUUUAUUAUCCUAACUGAGCUGACCAUAUUAUUACAAGGGUCUUAUCAUUUCCAAAACUUUCGUUCCAUAUAUAGCAAACCAAAAUGUUUCAAUAUAAAUAUAACGAUUUUACUGUAGUGUGUCAAAUGUACGUUGUACGGCAAGUUUAGGAAGGAUAUGAAUGUAAGUCGAUAUAAAUUUGUUUUUGGUAACUGACACAAUACACAAGUCUUAUCCGUCGCAGCUAUGAAAGGAAUAUUCAAAUGUUCUCUUAUUCUAUUGACAGUCGCUCUCCUGAUGGUUACCAGCUCUGCUCUUCCUCCUAUAGACGAUAACUUGGCAAGAGAAAUACGUAAAGCUCUGCAAUGGAACAGAGAUUUCCUCAGACAAUUCUCUUCUGGAUCGCCUUCAGCAACAGAGGCCCCGAUCCCGACAGAAAUACCGAUUCCAACUGAAACUCCAGCUCCAACAACAACACCUAUUCCUACAACUAUAUCAACUACUACCACUUCAGCUGUUCCAACAUUAGUAGGAACUUCAAGUGACCCAAUCGUGACGGAAAUUCCGACAGCACCACCUUCCGGAUUUCCUCUUCCCUCUGGUUCUGUUCGCAAAGCCUUUUCUAAAGCAGAAGAAGGAAGCCUGGUCAAGUUGUUACGACAGCUUUUAGCAACAGCAACUCCAGUAGCAACAGAAGCACCGUUGCCGACGGAAGCACCUGUUCCAACAGAAGCACCUGUUACAGUAAUUCCAGAGGGUACUGCAGUACCUAUUGGAACUCCUGUCGUUUCCUUAAUUCCUUCGUCCAGAUUAGCUUUGAGAAAUUCUUUUCUCUCUGAACAGCUUGCCGCUCGCUUUCGCGAAUUGGUUGGACCAGUCCAAAUAUAGAAUCUAAAAGCAAGCGGGAUCGGCUAAAAUGCAUAAGGUUUUGUAAUAUUUACAUGUUUGUGUUGUAGCAACCAAAGCGUUGUGCUCUCAAUAAAUAAAGCAGCCGCAUUUCAUAGUUGAAGAGAUUUGGAUGUCUC